GUACAGCUUUGCCUGAGACGUCGACAGGUUUCAUGUUGUGAGUCACAUAGCCAAUAUACCAGGAUGGAUUUAAGUUCAAUGAGCCAAAAAUUUAAAAAGUUUGCAGGAUCUGCAUCUACAACAAUUAACAGAGCUGUACAGUUCACAGAAGAAAAACUUGGAUCUGCAGAGAAGACAGAACUUGAUGCUCACUUCGAGAACCUCCUCCAGAGAUCGGACAAGACGAGGAUAUGGACAGAGAGAGUCCUCAAGGGCACAGAGUGUGUCAUACAACCAAACCCAAAUCAGAGGAUGGAGGACAUGAUGUACGAGAAGCUGGAGAAGAAGAAGAAGGACAGGAUGACGUCAAGCGAGUCACUCGGCCAGCACAUGGUGGACGCCGGCAACGACUUUGGUCCAGGAACAUCUUAUGGUAACGCCUUGAUCAAGUCUGGCCAGGCUCAGAUGCGUAUUGGCAAUGCGGAGAGAGAGUACGUCCAGUCGACAGUGAACAACUUCCUCACACCACUCAAGAACUUCCUGGAGGGCGACAUGAAGACCAUCAUGAAAGAGCGUAAGCUCCUGGAGAACAAGCGUCUUGACCUUGAUGCAUGCAAGAGUCGACUGAGGAAAGCCAAGUCUACCACGGCCCAGCAACAGACUUCUCCUGAGGCUUCCUAUGCCAACCCGUAUCAGUCGUUUGAGACUGAGGAUGAUGUCAUCGCCAAAGCGGAGGCUGACCUGCGUGUGGCCCAGUCCGAGUUCGACAGGCAAGCAGAGAUCACAAAGAUUCUUCUUGAGGGAGUCAACAGCACCCAUGCCCAUCACCUCCGCUGUCUGAACGACUUCAUCGAGGCCCAGGGCAACUUCUACGCCCAGUGCUCCCAGUACAUCAGGGACCUCCAGAGUCAGCUGGGGAGUGUGUCAGCAGCCACCCCUCCUAGUGGUGAUAUGGAUUAUUCUGUUGGGUCAGCCACAAGCAUGGGUGGUGGGGCGCCCUCUAAUAUGCAUUCCUCCAGUGUCCCAAAUUCCAACAGCCCCUUGAUGCCCUCUGCACCCCCUGCAAUACAAGUCACAGCACCCACUCCAACUGAGAAAAAACAGGCCCGAGUAUUAUAUGACUACGACGCGGCAGAUAGUACUGAGUUGUCAUUAUUGGCCGAUGAGCUAAUUAUGGUGUACAAAGUUGCCGGUCUUGACGAUGAUUGGCUGAUGGCUGAGCGGGGUUCUCAACGAGGGAAGGUGCCUGUCACAUACCUGGAGGUGUUGGAGUGAUGAGGCCACACACAUCUACCUUCAUCUGUAUUUAGAUAAUGAUCUUAGUCUUACUACUUACCAGGGUUACCAUGGUUACGUGCUAGUAACAAGGAUCCUUAGUGUUACCAUGGUUUGUUUCUAGAAACAAUGGUCGUUCGUGCUACCAUGGUUACAUCUAGUGUAAUGGAUCCUUAGUAUUACUGUGGUUACUUCUAGUAACAAGGAUUCUUAGUGUUUCCAUGGUUACUUCUAGUAACAAGGAUCCUUAGUGUUUCCAUGGUUACUUCUUGUCACAAGGAUCCUUAGUGUUUCCAUGGUUACAUUCUAGUGGUAAGGAUACCUAAUGCUACCAUGGUUUCUAUCCAAACAUGGCUACUAAGGCUGAUUUAGUCACACUUGGAAUUAGUUGGAAUAGACAGUCCUCUUGUGCAAUUGUUUUUCUUGAAAUACUCAGUGAGAGUGCUUGUCCUCACACUGAAGCUUGGUCUGGCCUCCAAAACUGAUGAUCUGUCUGUUGAUGGCUCUAUGCAUUGAAACGUUUUCCUGUCAAGGGGCCUCUCAUUCUUCACGGGAUUGCAAAGUCCCGUUAAAGAUACUUGCACAUUCACAAAGUACAUCUUAAUAGUGAGUUUUCACCAUAUAGAAAAUACAGUUUUCUCAGUUGAAGGAUCUUUGAUUCCUCUGCUUGUGAACAUCAAUGUCUGUAAUGAUGUAUUUCAGAUUGAACAGUUAAUAAUUUAGCUCACUCCUCUUGUCUCAUGGUAGAAAGCCCAGAAGGGCUAGUUUCAGUUAAGAUCAAGAGCCCUAUGUUUAAUACAAGGUUGCCAGGUGUGUUGGGGAUUCAAACACUUGCUGAUUAAAGGUUUAAAUUGUUCUAUAGUCUCAAGUGGUCGUUCACACUGAAGUCUUUCCAAUUAAACACAUUUCUACAUUUUCACAUACAAGUCAGUAAAGUAAAAAUUCAUAAUUAAAUGUUUCCAUUCCAUAAGUAUCAUGUGAUAAUAUUUAAGUUGUUCUUUGUUUUUCUGAAUCUGGAUAACCACAUGAACACUAUUGUUGAGAAAUGGUUGUCUGUUUGAGUUAAGUAUGUCUAUUAUUUUGCUUUAAUGUCUAAAAUUAUUGAUCCCUUAGUAGCCAAUGAUAUGAAUUAAGGAUAAACUACAACCAUGGGCUGGUGUACAUAGUACUUACAUAUAUAUGUUUUAUGUUUCUAUAUUUUCUGCUAUGCAAAACCUGAUAGUCUUCACUGAGGCAAAUCAAGACAAGACAUAUGCAUACAAGUAUAUACCUACCAUGUCAAUCUUGAUUUCCAGCUAUUAAGGCCAUGAAAAGUUUGAAAUAUAGGUUUCUCAUUAAAACAUGCCAUUUGAACAAUUUGUGUAUUUCACUACUUGUGGUUUCAGUAAAUUUGUUAUCAAUUUCAGAUUGUCCAGAAUUUAAUGUAAGAGUUAUCUUUUUUGUGCCUAGAUUAUGUAGAUUUUUUACGUACUGAGAAUAAAAAAGAAAAUGUCUGAUGACUGGCUGUUUUGGAAAUAUGCAUUUGAUUAGAAACAUUCUUUUUAAUUUUACAUGGCCAAAUGCUUCACUUCAGAGGUAAAAUGUACAGACCUCUUUGAAAUAUCUCUUCUGCAGAACAUGAUACGGAUCAAAGACCUUGGAGGUCUAAGGUGUUUUCCUUGAAAUAGUUAAAUUUUCUCAAUAUUUUAGUAAUGUUCUUUUGCAGUGGUGAUAUAGAGUUUUAGUAGCAGAGAGGUAGUUAAUAUGUGGAUAAAUUUAUUCAUUGUAGAUAUACAUGAAUCCUAUUGUCACUUGAGAGAACCCUAUUGUCACGUGAGAGAACCCUAUUGUCACGUAUUGUGAGCACAUAUGUAUUGCUAUGUGUAAGACUCACAUCUAUGAUGGAUCCCUGGCAUCUUUGUAGAUAUUACUCUAGAUGGCCACAAACAAUGAAGAGGUUUUAGAUGAAUACAACUUUCAAAGUAAUAAAAAGAGGUGACGGUUGGGCCAGUCGCCAAAGGCGCCCCAGUUCGCUGGGCCUUGGCCCUGAUGCCCUGAUUGCACCAAAGUGGUUAACACUAUUAGCUCCAAGUAACAAUACCAGUAGGUGCCUAAGAGACCUGAUAGUGAAGUGGAAACAAGACAGAACCAGCAUUUCUCAAUGACAUUAACAUGAUGUCUUAGCUAAAUGACAUCAUCUCAGCAUGACCUUGACACUGGGAUAAUUAAUUUCUGGCACAAAAUAGACAUCUGCCUCAGACCCACAAUAGACCUGAGGCCUACAUAUAUAUAUAUAUAUAUGUAUAUAUGCAUGUUCCCAUUGAUAGUUUCUCAACCAACCUUUGUACAUCAUAACUGCCAAACUUGCCUUCUUUCAAGCACUGUAAGAAAUAACAUGUAAUCCGUGUUCAAAUAAAGAUGGGAAGCCCAAGGGUCCUUGUCAUGACUUUAAUGUGAAGAUUUAGGGGCUCCCUAGAUUCAAAAGCAGCGCACCUCAAGGACCCAAGGACUCCCCUUAACUUCAAACACUGUAAUGCCAAAUGAUGUAUGCUGUAUCUGUGUCUAUUUAUUGACUCCUACUCUCUGGCUGGUUGGGUGUAAAUUCAAGUCAGCAUUCCAUUAACUUUGCAUUUGUCCUCCCUGACUGUCGGAAUCACUAGAAUUUUGAUGACUUGGAAAUGGUUCUUCAGAUGCUUGAAACUCCUGAAAACUGUUUUUUUGCUGGAUUUGUUAACUCAACUUCAUGGCACAAUUGAUCCCCACGCACAUGACUUUUCACCUGGCUGCACUUGUGUAACAAUAGACCCUUAGCAGAAAUAGUUCACCUCCAGUGAGCACAAACUGACGUGUUGCUGAUUGUUGAUCCAUAAACCACAUUGAGAUUCCUAAGGAAACAACUUUCUCCCUGUGUAUCCACAUUGUUCAGCUUUGUGUUUUGUGAAAGGAACAGUCAAUGAUGUUUGUUGCCUUGAAGCAGGUGGAGAAAGUGCUGUUAUAAGUUUGAAGGAAAUGAGUACACUGGUUGCCCCAAUACAAUCUCACAUCACCAUGACAGUUCUCUCUGCAAAGUUUGUAAAUAUUUGUAAAGUAUUUUCUCCACCAUUAGUUAACAGAAGUUUAGAGCCUCUGCUGAGUCUAGAUUGUACUAUAUUGUAGAAUUGACACGUGAUACGACUACACAUCAAGGCUUAAACUAGAUUAACAUGUCAAAUAAAAGAUUGUUCCUGAGAACAUACAUAAACAUUAUUAAAGGGAAACCAAGAAAUUGUUCAAUCCAAGCUCCAAUGUGUAACUGGUCAGGUGACUAGUAGCACAACUACAGAUAUAUACUGAGCAAAACAUGUUGGGGAUAUAAGGUCACUGCAUAUAAGUUCCUUGACAUUGCAAAGAAAGGUGAUGUUUUAGUUGUAGUCGUUUUACCUGUGUUUAUAGUGAGUUUGCUGUAAAGAAAACACAUGUUCAUAUUUACGAAAACAAUCCUGAUUUUGCUACAGAUACAUAUUAAACAUAUUCAAGAAUAGAGCAGAUUUUGAUUUUAUUGCUAGACGAAGCAUUCCCUCAACCACUCACAUUUCACUUGAAAAAUAUCUAAUGAAGGUGUUUUAUUGCAAAAAUGAGAAUUAAGGAAAGUUCCCUUGUUCAUUCAGAGUAAGCCUUGAUUGUUGUCAUCACAAUUUAGAAGUAUGCAGUGCCAGUAUGUUGACCAUUGUGCAUGCUGGGAUUGCAGCACAUGUUGAUCAAUGUGCAUGCUGGGAUUGCAGCACAUGUUGAUCAAUGUGCAUGCUGGGAUUGCAGCACAUGUUGAUCAAUGUGCAUGCUGGGAUUGCAGCACAUGUUGAUCGGUGUGCAUGCUGGGAUUGCAGCACAUGUUGAUCAGUGUGCAUGCUGGGAUUGCAGCACAUGUUGAUCAGUGUGCAUGCUAGGAUUGCAGCACAUGUUGAUCGAUGUGCAUGCUAGGAUUGCAGCACAUGUUGAUCAGUGUGCAUGCUGGGAUUGCAGCACAUGUUGAUCAGUGUGCAUGCUGGGAUUGCAGCACAUGUUGAUCAGUGUGCAUGCUAGGAUUGCAGCACAUUUUGAUCAGUGUGCAUGCUGGGAUUGAAGCACAUGUUGAUCAGUGUGCAUGCUAGCAUUGCAGCUCAUGUUGAUCAGUGUGCAUGCUGGGAUUGCAGCACAUGUUGAUCAGUGUGCAUGCUAGGAUUACAGCACAUGUUGAGUGUUGUUGUGUAUGCUUGCAUUGUACAUGUUGUAGGAUGGAAGGACAUGUGAGUGUUAUGCAUGCUGGUAUCACAGUACCUAUUGUCCCUUCCAUAGUACUGGUUCCAUCCACUAGGUUCUGCCAGGGAAAGUCUUCCUGGUGGUAACAACAACGUGUAUUUAGAUAUUUGAACUGACCGCUCCGCCAAAAUUGAUAACAAAAAUAUUACAGUCUGACAUGUUGAUAGUUCAGCUGUACUGACAACAGACUCAAUUUCAAGAUAUAUUUGUCGGCACUGAUAAUACCUUUGCAUUUGGUUUCACCAAGACCAAUGACCUGCAUCUGUUUGGACUUUCGUCCCCUUCCAUUUGAUGGUGCUGUCUUAGUGCUGAUGACCUAUUGGGUUUCUCUUCUGCAAACUCAGGUUGGAUUAUCAGGGUAUAGCCAGACACCCUAAUAUGCAAAGACAGACCUCAUUUGGCAUCUUAGUUGAUUUUAACUUGAAAGCUGACUAGCCUGUGUAUUUAAAGGGGAUAUAUUUCCAAAUGGGACAUUUUAUCCACAAGAACGUUUGCAUGAGUAAUAUGUUCGAUAUAAUUUCAAAACAUCAAAUUUAUUUCAGUCAAAUUAGCCCUAGUUCCUCUCUUGUCAACUUUGGCACUAACACUAGAAAUAACAGACUCCUAUCAUCCAAACCAAAUGUUAGUUUUUAUGCUAUUCAGAGAGGUCCUAAAAAUUAUGUAAAAAUUACUUGAGCCACACUUUUUAUGCUUUAGAGAAAAGUAAUUUUAUGGUCAGUAAGAAAUUAACAAAAGAGCCAGAGAAAUGCCAUAAUUGUAUUGUACAGAUUUCUUUAAUAGCACCUGUAAAAGCGACCAGGAUGUCUUGAUGUAAAUAGAUCACGUCUUAUGCACUUGAUGCCAAUACUUUCAAAAUUGUUCCGCCCAAGAAAUUGCCCUGUUAUAUGAAGCAAUUUUUUGACAGCAAUAAUGAGAAAUAUUUGGCAUUAAAUGUCUGUGGCUUUUGUGUUCCUCCACUUCAACCUUUUCACUCCCUAACUGUUGUGUAUGUGUGUGCAGCUCCCCAAGUUGAGAUAGAACCCUAGCGAAAUAUUUGGUAGUAGUGUGUUAUGCCAUGUAUAGCUUUGUGGUGAUUCAAGGUUGGCUAAAAGUAUUUUUCUGGGAGAAUAAUGGUUAUUUUUGUUGACUAUUUUGUUCAUUUUAGUCAAAAUAGUUUUUCAGCAGCCUUUUAUUUGGUUUGUAAUAAUAAAGUAAAUCAGUGAAGUAUUUGAUGAUGGAAAUAUAGCAAUAUGAAAUGAACUUUGAGGGAUAAAGAAUUUGUUUAUGAGAGGAAGAAGAAAAUGAAAGGAUCAGACAGUUGUCACACAACCACCCAAUCUUCAGAAGUCGGCUUUCAUGACAAGCAUUGGCUACUGGGAACCUGUUUUGACACAGAAUCCUCAAAAGGUUUUCAGUAAGGACUCAUUAUUUAGAGAUAUCAAAUUCAUAUGAUACAAUAAUAUGCAUUGUAUUGCAUGUUCCACUUGAUGAGGGGGUCCCAUUUCCAGUCAAAAUAAUGUUCAUGUACUUUCAUUUUCUUCUCUUUCUGUCUUCUUGUUCAUGAGAACAAACUAUCAGUCUGUUGAGCCUUGUGAACAUUAACCCUAUGAAAUACAAGGAGUCUCUUCCUUUCAAUCGUAUCUCCUUUAAAUAUUGUUACUGAUUUACUGAUGGUGUUCAUCCUCUCUCAAUAUGUCCGAAAACUCUAGAUCUGCUAACGGUAAAAACGUAUUGCUUACAUUGCUCAACUCUGUAAUUGUAGAUAUUAUUUGUGGAAGUAUUAUCUUAAUAUGCUUUAAAGGGUUUGUUGGUAUUUGCAUGUUUAUCAGAUGAUUGUAUAUAGACAAAACUUUUAUUUUCGUGUUUAUUCCCUCAUUUAUUAUGAAACAUCACCUUAAUUUGUUCACCUGAAAGUCUCCAGUUAGAUACGAAGUGAUCUCUCUGUAAGUCUCAAUGCGUUGAAACAAACCCUUCAAGAGAUCAUUCCACUAUUUCUGUCUUUAAUGUGUUCAGUUAUGAUUCAAAUAGAAUUCAGUUAUUAAUUCUUCAUAAGUAAUACUGAGACUGCGAGCAUAAUUCUAAUCUUAGUUCCAUAUCAGACUGGUCAGAAUUGUACUGUCAACUUGUAAUAAAUUAUUUUUUUCAGUGAUUAACUAAAAUUCAUAUUGAUGUCAUUUUGUUUGAGAUGUUGCAGAUAAAUAUUUGUAAAAGUUGUCAGGUGUAUUCAUUGAUCAACCUUUCUGCUUUUUAAUCUGGUUGGAUAGAAUUGAACUGAACAUGCUGAAUUGUUUUAAUGAAAGAAAGUCUCAAGGAAUAUAGUUCAUGUUACAACCUUGAUUAUCCAGUCCUCAUAGACUAGAUAAUCAGGUAUUAUUCCCAGCAAAAAGGUGUCAAUUUAGACUAACUCAUACUAUAAACUUGCAUGCUAUUCAAAUGAAAUCUUUCAUUUUAUUUCCAUGAAACAGUGUUUUCAUGUUUGUUUUCAUUUGUUUCCUCAUUGUUUGCUUAAGUUGUUUAUAUUUUCAUUUUGAAUCGUAUUUUAGGUAAUGUUUUCAUUCAUGUCUUAGAAUGAAUUUUAUACAUUUUCAGAUGUAAGUAUUUAAAUUCAUUUUAUUGUACUUUGGGAAAGGAAUGCUUUUAAGUGGAAUACCUUGUAUAUACCAGGUAUGUUAUCAAUAUUGUAUGAUACAACUCACUGUAUAUUGCACUGCAGAAUUUAGCUAGUCACUAUUGAGAGGUGUUUACCAUGUGUAUUUCAACUACAAACUAUUAGAUAUAAAUGUAUAUAGAAUAUAAGUAAAGUAUUCAAAUUAUCUUCAUGUAAUAAUAGAAUAUUUAGAAAACAGUUGAGAUUUUAGGCUUUGUGAAGAAUAUUUAGAAACAUGUGUAAAUCUAGUGACUUCAUACCAAGCUCAACACCAAAAGAAAAUGUUUAAAAAGUGUCUUUUUGGUGAUCCAAAAAUAUGUGUAACAACUGAAUUGGUGAUGCAGUUAUUUUACAUGGGUUGCAAGUAUAAGACAUUUUGACGAUUUCUGACAAAAUAUGCUUUCUGGGUAAUGUUUGUUUUCUAAAGUGUUGAGCUGUUGGUAUGAAUGUCUCGACCAUUGCAACAGUUACAUAUGCUUGUAAGCACAUUAUCUGAUUAUAUUUGUAGGGGAAUAAAGUCUUCUUUCAUUCAUGAA